AUGUCCACUAAAGAAUCAGCCCUUAUAGAUGUUGGAUAUCCCAUAUAUGGGGCGAAAUUCGUUAAUAAUAAGACUAUAAUUGUUACCGGAGGUGGUGGAGAAGGUAACAACGGUAUUCCUAACAAGAUCACCGCCAUUAAAUGCAGCUUCAAGGUAUCGGACAAGAGUAAAAGGUUACAGAAGUUCCGGGAAAUUGUAUUGCCUAAAAACGAGGAUUCUCCAAUGUGUUUGGAUAUUGCUAAGGAUUCGGUAGACAACGAGCAUAACUUUUCGGUUUUUGUUGGGUGUAAUCAAUCGACCCAGUUGUUGAAGUCGAUGAAUAUCAAUAACAAUUUGCGGAAAUAUGUGUUUACCGGCGAGGAGCACUUGCGGUUUGUAGAUGCAGCUCAAUUGGAGGAGAAUAUCAGCGGCGAGGGAGUGGGAGAAUAUCCUAAGAUUGUAUGUUUGUCAUCGCAUAACUCAGUGGGAUGCUUGAUGACAUCCCGCAACCCAUCUGUCAUCUACAUUUUCAACCCGGAUUUGUUAGAACUCAACUUCAAGUUUAGACCCGAAAGAGAUGUCGACAUCUUGGACUUCCACCUAAGUCCAGGCGACGAUGGCAAAACCUUAUGCUACAUCACGGUUUCAUCCAUAGAAACCAUAUCGACAGUAACAGGCAAUUCAAUUACAUCCACCACUGCGGUAACUAACAAGGCAUUGGCUAAAUACAACCUUUCGAAGGUCCGAUUCAUCGAUGAUUCCAACAUCAUUGUCGCAGCGAGCUUGAAAAAUGGCAAGGGUGUGUCGAUCUUCCAGUAUUCCAUUCCUGAUAAGAAAAUUCUUAAACAGAGGGAUAUUUCUACCAAAAUUAAGGGCAUAACUGCAAUAGAUAUCUCUCUCUCGCAGGGCCUUGUGGCGUUAGCUGGAAAUGAUACGUCUGUUACCGUUCUUAGAUUGGCAGAUUUCAAGACCAUCAAAACAUUUACCAAAUUGCAUAGUUUUGCAAUUACAAAAGUUGCCUUUUCUCCGCGGGGAACUAAACUUGCAUCGGUGAGUGCAGCCAAUACUCUUCAUGUUAUGAAAAUCCCCUCUAAUUAUUCAAAUGGUAAAUCUAUUAUUGGAACAUUAGUUCAUUACAUUUUUAUGGCCGUACUUGCUUGUUUAGUGGCUGUCUUCUUGCAAAAGUUUUACGAAAAUGGCCAAUUGAAACAGUUUUAUGAGUUAUCCAGUCAUUAUGGACAAGUAGGCAUUAAGCUUGCCAAUGAGUAUGGAGUUAUCGGUUAUCAGUUCGUUAAAGAGAAAAUACGAGGCGAAAAUGUUGAUGGUGAUGAUACAACAAAGCAAUAUUUCAAAAUGGAUGAAUGGAAUGAGAAUGAAACUCCUCAGUCAUCUGAAGUGUCUGCCACCAGUUUCGUGGAAUCGUAUUCUACAGAAACCACUGAAAUUGCAUCAACAAUGAUGCCAUCUGACCCAUCUUCCUCCUCUGAUGACAAUAUAGAUAUUAGAGCCGUUACUAAGGAUAUCGAUGAUAUAACAAAGGAUAACAAUGUUAACACUGAGUCUUUUUUUAACGAUACGAAUAAUUAUAUUGAAGAAUCAACAAUUAUAAAUGCUCCAAAUGUUUCGACAAACAAUCUUGUCGAGUCUAUGGUUGUUGAGAUAACUGAAAUAAAUGCUGCUGAAACAGACGUUAUUCCUGAAGAUGAAAAAACUGAAACGGUUUCUGAUGCUACCACGGAGUCAACCUCUAAUUCGACUGAGAUUUCCUAUGAAACUGAAGAAAUUUCUGAAGAAAUGCAAAGCGAUGUUGAUGAAUAUGUCGAUGCAAUGGAAGACGUUGAAGUGGAGUCUGGUGAUGUUAUUGAAGGUGAAGUAAAUGAAACGCAAUCAGCCGCUGGAUGUGAGACUGAUGCAGACAUUGUAUCUGAUGCAGAAGAUGUUCAUGAAAAUGGAGCUGAUAUGGUUGGGUUCGAUAAUGAAGGAGAAGUCGAUGGUGAUGGAGUAUCUGUAGAAGAAGAAGAAGAAGAAGAAGAAGAAGAAGAAAUUGGAGAGACGGAAACUGAUAACCUGGAUAUUAAGGAUGACGAUAUAUAUCCAGUAGACUCGAAUGAUAUUGCUGUUGAUGAUGAUGAAGAUUUACAUUAUGAACAAGAGAAUGAAGAUAUCAAUGGUGAUCAUGAUGAUGACCAUUUAUAUGUUACUGAUGAAAAUGAUGAAAUCGAGAAGGAUGCUGCUGAAUCUGAAUUUGCUGAUUCUGUUGACUCUGCUGAAGCUCAUGAACCGGAGCAAAUAGCUAGAGAUACUGAAUCCAAUGAAUUCAAGGGGGAUGAACCUGUUGGCGAAACAAUUAUUGAAGAUAAUGAAUCUGCGUACGAAGAUGAUAUCGAACGCUUGACCCCUGAUCAGGUUGAUGUUGCUUCAAACGAGGAUUUUCUGACUGAUAGCGAUAUAGAAGACACAGUUGACAAAACUGACGAUUCUCGCCCAGCCGAUUCUCCUAUUAUGGAAAAUAAUAUAGAAAAGGAUGUUGAAAGCGAGGUUGACGACCCCCGUCCGGCUGAUUUCCCUCAUGUUGAUUCCGUUGACGAAAGAGAUAUUGAAUCUGCUACUGAACCAACCUCAGACGGUUAUAUUGUGGACGAUUCAACCUUUGAUCAAGACGAUGAUGUUAAAACGCAAACUGUUUCACAGUCAUCUAUAAGCAAGCAUGAUGUCGAUCCUAGUGAAGUCGUUAGUCAAUCAAGUGUUACAGCUCCUAAGGAGCAAAGUAUUUCUAUCAGUGAAGAAAGUAUUGUUAGCAAGCCUUUCACCAGUAAGAUUUCUACUACAGAGUCAUCUAUUACUGAGUCAUCUACUACUGAGUCAUCUACUACUGAACCUUCUACCACUGAAUCAUCUACUAUUAACAUUUCUACUACGGGACCAAUUAUUAGUAGAUCUUCCCUCAAACAGACUACUAGUGAACUCUCCAGUACUGCUAGUUCUGUAUCGAAGGCUUCUUCCAAAGGUUUGUCCACCAAAAGAUCAAGUAAAACAAGAAAAGCUAAGUCAACUAAGGUAACCACACAACCAAACCCUAAAGCGGCAACCACUGAAGCUCUUCAUAAAACAGUAUUGAGUAGCAAAUUAUCGUCUAGCACGUCUUCACCUCCAUCGAAAAUAAAAAGUGCUACAAAGUCCAGUAGCAAAAAAACAAGAAGUCCGAAGAAGAGUCUCAGUAGAAGACUGACGAAAAGUAGAACUGCUGAACCUAAAUCAAUGAGUCAAUUGCAUGAUGAAUUGUAA